AUGGCUAAAACGCGACGGAAACUUACUAACCCAUUCACUGCGCUGAAAGAAUGGGAUAAUUGUUGGGUGUGCGAUAACUGUGAUCCGUACAGCGAAGACAAGAAGCACCCUCCGGAGUUCGCCAUUGACGGGGCGGAGACAUGGUGGCAGAGCCCUCCAUUGUCCCGGGGGAUGAGCUACAACGAAGUGAAUCUCACAAUAGACCUCGGCCAGGUCGACCUCAGAAAUUUGGUUGAGGCUUGA